AUGCGACUCUCUUUUAAUUUAACUAUACUAGCUAUAAGCUUCUUUAUCUCAAUUGCUUCUGCUAUAGAGAGUGUAACUGUAUGCUCCAUAUGCAAGUAUAAAACCGUUUCAUCUGCACUGGCUUCUCUUCCAAGUGACAACUCUACCUGGACCAUUCGGGUGACUCCUGGUAUUUACACUGAACAAGUCAAGAUCUACCGUUCAAAUGUCAUAUUAAGACCGACUAUACUUGGUCAUGUCCUGAUUCGAUACAACGGCUGGAGAGACACACAAACGCCUACGGGUACUAAUGAUGGAUCUGCAACCUUGUCCAUUUAUGGCACCAAUGUCAAAAUUUACAACAUGAUAAUCGCCAACAUAUACCCACAGACCAGAAAUAUCGCAAAUUUAGCUCUGAAUGUCCAGGCCAAAAAAGCUUCUUUCUACAAUGUCAAAUUCUAUGGUUUCCAAGAUACAGUUUAUAUUGGUUUAAACACCACCAGCUACUUCAAAAACUGCUACAUUGAAGGCUCUGUUGACUAUGUCUAUGGUGAAGGCACAGCUACCAACCGGCCAAGUAGCUUUAUCACGGCUCAAAAAAGAGCGACUGCCUCUUCUGAAGGCGGUUUUUACUUCAACAAAUGUCACAUAAUCCCCACACUUCCUUCUGGCCCUCUGGUUACUACAUAUAACAGCACCAUUUCAUUUACAUCAUCUUCCCAGUUCUCACAAUCAACCUACCUCGGACGCCCUUGGAGCAAGUAUGCCAGAGUUAUCUAUAUGUAUUCAAAUUUUGGUAUAAAUGUUAAAUCUGCUGGAUGGAGUCAGUGGAGCGAUGCAUCUCCUAACACCAGUGAUGUUUUAUUUGGCGAAUACAAAAAUUCCGGACCUGGAUUGUGGAAUGCAACUGCUCGUGCUUCCUUUGCCACUCUUUUGACCGAUUCAGAAGCAGAGUUAUACAGUCUUACAAACAUAUUUAAGUCUACAAGCUGGAUCGAUAAAUUGCAUAAUUGA